AUGGGCUCUAUACCAACAGCUGCCCCAAGGCGCGGAAAAUUCAAUUAUGUCCCACGAGGCACCACCCCAAUCCCAGCAGCAUCACCUUUGGCUCUGCCUGCUCUAUCAAACUUCAAUGAAUCUGGUUUUCUAUCUGUGACAGACCUUCGGCCUUCUUUAGAGCUUGGCGAUGAUUCUCCCUAUAAGCUUUCCAGUCAUUGUUUCACUGCUCGUCAUCAUGUCUCGAGACUUAAUUCAGCCCCAUACGACCGUUCAAGUUGGAACGAUGAAAAGUUACUGAGGGAGAUAUACAUCCCAGAAGUCGAGCAUCUUCUCAAAAGCGUUACAGGUUGUAAAACUGUUGUGACAACAGGGGUGGUCCUCAGAAGCGAGCUGUACUCCGAGUCUGUGGCCCCUCGGACAGAGGAGAAAUCUUGUCAACAAAACGAAGGCGAAGUUCCUUUGAACCUUCCUCGAGAGCCUUGUGCAGGUGUAUUUGGAACGAAACCUGGCAACUCCGCGUCCCCGGCCCCAAAGGUACACAUUGACGUGACGCCUUUGGGCGCCCGGCUUUAUAUUCGAAAGCAUCAUAGAGACUUGGCUUUGGCAGCAGAAGCAGUGAUUGAAGCUGAGAACAAAUUGCUCAGUGCUGGUGUUGACUGGAAUGAUCUCAAAAAUCAUUAUAGAGGAAAGGAUAGCGAGGAGGAGCAGAUUCCACGCUUUGCUUACUUCUCCGUCUGGCGCCCUCUCAAGACUGUCACUCGAGACCCCCUUGGCGUUGCACCAUCUUAUACGUUUCCAAAGUCUGACUACGUCCCUGUCGGAGUCUUGGACAGGUGCCUCGACAGUGAGAUCCCUUCUCAACUUUUCAAAACAAUUCGUCCUGCCCAACAAAGCCCUCAAGAUCCGGAAAAGCCAAUCCAAAACGAAACCGUGGAAGAUGAAUGCAAAUUGGGACCUUUUCAAACUUGGGCUUAUUCAGCGUACGGACCGCGCGAUAUAGAAGGGAAAACACACAAUUGGCAUUUCAUAUCUGACCAGAAUCCUUCUGAAGUCCUCAUUAUACAAUUCUUUGACAACGAGAUGGAAGCUACUGUCCGAGCGCCACAGGAUAUCACGGAUACGUCCCCAGGAAUAGCAGCUUGCGGUGCCUUUCACAGCUCAUUUGAGCUUGAAGGCCAAGAGGAACGGGAUAACAGAGAGAGCCUAGAGGUUAGAUGCUUUGCAUUCUGGUAA